AUGGCUCAAAGGCAUACGGGUGGUCCUGAAAAACAUAGAUUUACAAAAGAUAUUAUUGUACUUGGUGUGAAAACCACAAACAAAUAUAAUACCAGCUGUAUAUGUAAAGCUUGUAAUGAUGCCCUUGGUUGUGAUGAAGCCUUAAAUGAAACAUUUACUAAUAAAAAAAAUGUUGUAAGAAAUCACUUAAAAAAAUAUAAAUAUUUUCGUGCCAAACUUGAUUCUCAAGAAGCGAUAAAUGACUAUUGUAACAAGACAGAUAACAAGGCAGAGAAGAAUCUACAAGCUUCAAAAAAACAUCCAAAUGCUGAUGAUAUAUCAGUAUUGCUUCGAAUAACAAUAUCGAAUGGCUGGGCGUUUCAUUGGACAACAAAUCCAAAAACUAAGAAGUUUUUUAAAUUCUUGAAUCCAGCAAUUAAUCUUCCUAGUCGGAGUAAAAAUAUUUUAAAUCAACAUAUUUUUGGUUCAUUAUUUAUUUUGUCAACUGGAGAAGUUCAGAUUUGGGAAGCAAUUGAUACUAGUUCAGAAAGAGAAAGAAUGAUCAAAAUUAUUCCUAAAAUCGAGAAUAUGAUUAGAGAUGCAUUGAGUAUGAAAGCAAAAUUAUUAGCAAUUGUGUCUGAUAGUGCGCCUGCAUAUGCUGCUGCCAGCUUAGAUGAACUUUAUUUUUCACAAAAUAUAACAGCAAUUCUACUUAAUGACAAUUUUUGGCAAUUAAUAACGCAGUUACAUACUUUGCUUCUUCCUUAUUAUGGAGCUCUUAACAAACUACAAUCAGAUACUGCACAUCUUUAUGAUGUGCUACAAGCUUUCGGUGGAAUUUUGAGAAUGUGGGAGGAGUAUUCAGAUCAAGAUUUGGCUCAGCCUUUUCUUUUAAACCCAUUUAUUCAUGCUAUAUGGUUUAAUUAUAAUAAUGAAAAUUUAAACUUUACGUAUUUAGCUCAAUUUGUUACUUACUAUUACAAAGCAUGGUUUGAACGCUGGCCAAUCUGUAUUUUGCUUGAACUAGAAGAUUAUAGAAAGCAUAGAUUUCCCUUUGACUUCGAAACAUAUGAACAAUUUGAAAAAGAUAUACUACGAUUCUGGGAAUUCAUCUCUUCUUCAACUAAAGAAUUAGGUUCAUUGGCUAUACAGUUAUUCAGAAUAUGUGUUAAUGCAGCAUCUGUAGAGUGA